ACUCCGAGCCACCAUGGCACCGGCGAGGAGGUGGUACCUGUCGCUCCUCUCCAUCUUCUUGCUUCUCCUUCCCCAAUUGCGCUUCCGCUAGCGCAGAGAGAGAGAGAGAGAGAGAUGGGGUGGCUGACGCGAUUCCUAGCGGCGGUGGCUUUCUUGACCGGCGGGGUCAUUUUCUUGCCGGACACUUUCGGAUUGAGCUCCGACGGCCCGAAGUUCCCGAAGGCAGCGAUGAUCUUGAAGCUGGGCCAUCUACUCGGCUUCGCCACCGCCUGGGGCGCCGCUCCUUGGGUCACCUUCAUCGGCGGCAUCAUCAUGUUCAAGAAUCUUCCGAGACACCAAUUUGGUAAUUUGCAAAGCAAGAUGUUUCCUGCAUAUUUCACGAUGGUUGCAGUGUGCUGUGCCAUUUCAGUGGCUUCAUUCGGAUAUCUACAUCCAUGGAAGUCAUCAUCCACAACAGAGAAGUACCAGCUAGGGUUUCUUCUCUCUGCCUUUGCUUUCAAUCUCACGAAUUUGUUCGUCUUCAGUCCCAUGACCAUUGAGAUGAUGAAACAAAGACACAAAGUGGAGAAAGAAGAGAACAUUGGGAAUGAGAUCGGAUGGUCCAAGAACCAAGAGGUUGCGAAGGUCAAUCCAAAAUUGGCUGCCAUGAACAAGAAGUUUGGGAUGAUUCAUGGCUUGUCAUCUCUUGCUAACAUAAUGGCCUUUGGUAGCCUUACCAUGCACUCAUGGUACUUGGCUAGUAAGAUAAAUUUGUGAAGCAAAGUAUAUCCCUCUCGCAAAAUGUCGGUUCUGGUCAUAUUAUUGUAAGAUAACUGUUGAUGCUUUCUCUGGGAAGGAUGUCCUAAUAAACAGAGUUGACUUCUGGCUUUCUUACUAUGCGUAUAGCCUUGUGCAAAGUUCACCGCAGCAACGGUUCUUGGUGUACCUUUCUGCUGUAAAUAGACAAUAGAAAGGUGACUCAAGAAGUUUUGUUUCUAUGUUGGCUUGUUAGGGAAAAUGAUGUCUUCCAGUUGAACAUAUGUUUACAGUGUUACAUGAAA